UACCCCGGUUCGCACGUUCGGGUUUUGUUUGAAAGCACAAAGCAAGAUAAGAUAACACACGCGGGGACGCACGGUAGGACUUUUUGGGCACCCGAAACAUAUCUCUUCCCGGCAAGGGUGAGAAUGGGUUUGAUUCGACCGUGGUGGAAUUGGUGGAGUACUAGACCAGGCCUGGGCCGGGCGUCCAGCCAAUGAUUGGGCAGUUCUAUUAAUUUACUGUCCGGUGUUGUUGGGUCCUGCUGGUCGGCUGGUCAGCAGAUUUCGUGCACGCUGACUGGGCGAAAUUUUAAUACAAUCUUUUGCAAGUCACGGUACUUCCGUCGCGUAACAGCAAAAUGUUGGUGCUGUUAUCCUAGUGUCUUAGGUAAAGCUUAGUAAUUCGUUGGUUGCGAGCAAACCGUUACUUGGGAGCGGACAUUGUGUAAAGGAAGAGGGACCGUUUUUGCUUAUAAUCGUUCAACGAAAUCGAUCCAUCCGAUAAGAUAAAUCUUACUUCUAUCAGUACAUCAGUGGCGUUGAAAGCGGGGUUUUUCUUUAUCGUUUUCCUUACUCCAAUGUACCGAUCGGACCGGCGGGUUGCUGUUGCUUUCCCCAUAGCAGAUUGGUAAGCGUCUAGUGUAGUUCAGUGUAUUAUUCCCGGUGGAAAAGUUGCAAUUGGCGGUGUAAAAUAUGGUGCUUGAAACGAAAUCCGACCUGUCCGAGGAGCAAGUAGUGGCGGUCGAAUCUGCUCCCUUCAUUGAAGAGACAAGUGAGAAGGCUAGUCGUGUCGCGGAAGAACCGGCGAGCGAACCAUUCCAUUCCGGCGCACCACAACUCGAUGGCCGACAUGAACUUCCGAAGUACUUUUACACCGCCAUGGAGCAGGUGGCCAAAGGUGAAGGAUUCAAUGCCGGCCAGUACAGCGUGGAGGUUGAGGAUGGUUCCAGCAAAGGGGAUGGUUUCGCUGGUGAACUGUUCAGAGCUUAUCUCAGCGAAGGUGAUCGUCGGGAGGUGUAUCUGUGCAAGAUACCUCCACUGAACGAAGCCCGACGCCAGCAGUUCGGAACGAUGGCAAUCUUCGAGCGGGAAGCCCUUGUGUACAACACGUUCCUUCCACUGAUGUUCGCUUACCAGGAGGAGAAAGGCAUUAGCAGAGAGGAUGGAUUUUUCUGCACCCCGAAAUGCUAUUACGCGCACUACGAUGGGCCGACCGAGGAAGCGAUCAUUGUGAUGGAAGAUCUACGCCAGAGCGAGUACACGAUGUUCAACAAGGAUAAGCCGGUGGAUUACGAGCACAUCCGGUUAGCGGUGGAACAACUGGCUCGCUACAAUGCUGUCUCGCUGGCAAUGAAGCACGAUCGACCACAGCAGUUCGCCCAGUUUAAGGUGCACGAUCCAAUGAAGGACAUGAUGGGUCCUGGAAACCCCUUCCUGAUGAUGCUCCAGAAGACGGGGGCGGAUGCGAUCGAAACGCUCGAACCGCACGAAACGAAGGAACGGGCGAAGGUGCAGAAACUGCUCGACAACAUGGUGGCGGAUUUUGAACGGUUCGAUAAGCACGAGCUGGCCGAACCGUACGCAGUGCUUGGCCACGGUGACUGCUGGAUUAACAACAUGAUGUAUCGGUACAGGAGAGGAGCACCGGAGCAAGUCAUUCUGCUCGAUUGGCAGUCGGCCCGCUACUGUUCGCCCAUCCUCGACCUAGCGUACUUCAUCCUCUGCUGUACGGAUGAAGAGUUUCGCCGGCGGCACUACGACGAGAUGAUGAGCGUGUACUACAACUCGCUGGCAGCGCUGCUCGAAAAGCUUGGCCACAGCCCGCAGCAAAUCUUUCCCCGAACCGCCUUCCUGCGGCAGUUGCGCCAGUACGGUCGGUUCGGUUUGCUGUUGGCCGCGUUCGUCGUGCCGAUGAUGUGCACGCGCAAGGAGGAUCUGCUCGAUAUGGACGCGACGGCCGAAAUGUUCCUCGAAACGCAAAACGUCGAUAUUGCCAUCUACACGAAGAACACAAAUCAGAGCGCUUAUCGUAAGCGUAUGAGCGCGGUGAUAAGGGACGCGGUGCGGUAUGGCUACAUUUGAGCGUCACGGGCACAAAGGUGUGUUCGGUGGGUCUACUUUUGUUUUUUGGUGGUGUAGUUUUUAGAACCGUGUUUUGUUUAAACCUUAAAGAAUAAUUUUGUAAAAUGUA